GCACCUUUUGGUGUAAAAAUGCUUUAACCUGAUAUCUGUUAAUAUUAAUAAUUUCUGUUAAACGUCGUUAUUACUAUUACUAUCCACUUUUAUUUAUAAGUACAAUAUUUAGUUUUAAUCCAUUUGAGUAUGGGAAACUAGUCCUUUUAUCAUUAAUACUGACCAGUCUGUCAGUGUCAUAACAGUAAUAUAGUACUGUUAGUGUUACAACUAGUACUAUUAAUACUAGUAGUAAUAUAGUAAAUGUGUUCAUGUUUUGGUUUAGUGAUAAGUUAAGUCUAAACGUUUAGGAUGAUGGCUACAUUAAUCCUUAGACACUUAAAUAGCUUACUCUUUAGACAGUUUUAACUUUGUUGUUUUUUGACCAGUUGUUUUGUGACAAAGAAAAAAGUAGUAGUAGUGACAACUCUAUUAACAUAUAAAAAAACAAAACGUUUAUAAUUAUUUUAUUUGUAAGAAACAGUAAAUUAGAUAAGUAUGAAUUAGAUUAGUAAUUUGUAUUAUAAUAUUAGUGAUAAAGAACUAAAAGGAACAAAAAAAAAUUGGAAUACCACAUGAACACAACAUUUUAAACAAAACCAAAUAUUUCUAGAAUGGGCAUAGAAUUCUGUAACUAUGUUGUUAUCUACUAGUACUAUUACCAAGUUUAGACUUAAGCUGAGUUUAUUUUAAUUUCACUUCAGUGUGUUCAGAAGUUAUAUAAAAUGUUACGUGCUGGCUUACAUGAUAAGAUGUAUAGAGCCAUGAGAAAGAUGAAUACCACUACCAAUAAUUUUAGGCUAAAAUCAUCUGAUGAUGGUUUGUCACAGUAUCAAGUAAUCUUUUCAAAAUCAAACAACAUUUUUACCAAUCUUGCACUUGAAGACUGGUUUUAUCAAAAUGUAGAUUUUUCAGCAAUUGGUGGUGUACUGCUUAUGUGGUGUAAUGAAAGAGCAGUAGUAAUUGGCCGCCACCAAAAUCCAUGGACUGAGUGCAGUAUUAGUACCUGCGAGAGAAAUGGAGUUGCUGUAGCAAGAAGAAACAGUGGUGGUGGCACUGUUUAUCACGAUAUGGGGAAUUUGAACUGUUCCUUUUUGUCGCCAAGAUCAAAGUACAACAGAAAAACUAACUUAGGUAUCAUAUGUUCAGCUUUAAGAAAAACAUGGAACCUAGAUGUAUGCAUUUCUCACAGAGAAGAUAUACUUUUAAACAAGGAUUUUAAAAUAUCAGGCACAGCUUCAAAACUUGGUAGGAAUAAUUCAUAUCAUCAUUGUACAGUCCUUGUAAAUGUAGACAGAACACUUCUGCAUAGUGUUCUUAACAAAGAUACGCAUGGAAUAGAAAGUAAAGCAACAGAAAGUGUCAAAGCAAAUGUAAUAAAUUUGACAGAAAUCUGUUCUGAAGUGUCGGUUGAACACCUUGUAGAGGCAAUAGCAAGAGAGUAUCAGGAUUUUUAUCACGUUCCUGUUUCCAAAAUGUGCUUUCUUAGUCUUCAUCCGUCAGAAACCGGUUUUCCAGGUUUGUUUGAUAUGGUAAACCAUUUUAGCAGCUGGAAAUGGAUUUUUGGGUGGACUCCAUCAUUUAAAAUUCACAAACGAUAUCUGUUAUCAAUGGAUAUUUCAAAUGUCACCUUAGCAGAACCUUCUGUUUAUACCUGUGGAGCACAGUGUGAGAUAUCAUUAACGAAGAAAAUCAGUCUUCCAGAACUCGAAGUCACACUAACUGUUUAUAAAGGUCUAAUACAGAAAAUAUUGUUGAAUCCUCAGUUAAUAAGCGAUAAACUGUUUCACCAACUUAAUGAACUAUUGUGUGGAACUCAGCUUAUAGUGACAGAGGUUUCUUCUGUGUUAGAAGAAUGGAAAAAGUGUGCAGGCAAUUGUGAUGAUAAACAGAAUAUGGAGUUCACUGUUAUUUGUAUAAAGAAUUUGGUGACAAGUGCUUACUGCUGACAGCUGUAAAAGUUAGAUUUCAAUUUUGUUUAUAUUGAUAAGAAACAAAACUUAGGUAUUAAAACAUGUAUGAGUCUGUUUAUCAAACAACCUAAAAUAAUUGUUUUUUUCUGUUUCUUUAUGGAAAAUGUUAAUCAUGUUUACUGUUUCUUAAAAUUCAUUUUUUGUAGACUAACUCCUGAAAUAAUGAUAUAGAGGUACCAUCAACUGAUAUGGCUUUUAUGUUGUUGUUUUAUAGAUUAGAGUUAAAAUAAAUUCAAGUACAAAAGAAGCAAUAGAUGGCCAUUUACUUAUUAAAAAAGUAGUGUCUCAGUCACAUGAAGGAAAAAAAGCCCAUCACAUCCAUAUACUUAACUGUCAAUAGUUUAAAGUAAUAGAAUGCAAUAAAUUAUUCCCCAUGUUUAAACUUUUUAUGAAACUUAUGGCGAAAACUUAUUACUCCUAAUACUGAAAUUAUUGUUUCUAAUGAAAUCUUUUCAUCACUGAGAUAGACUUUCCAGUUGUAUGUUCAUUAGUCCUGUCAAUAUAUAAACUUUCUACAAUCCAGAGAAAUAAGUCAAAAAUCUUAAAGCCACUCUUUUAUAAGUCACAUUUGAUAAAAAAAAAAAAGUAUUAUUUCAGUAGCUCAACCUUGCACUUUCACCAGCUUAUAUAAAACCAUUUUUUUAUGUGGAGGCUUAAACUGUACACAUUAUUUUAAUUAAGAAUUCGCUAAACAUUUUAGGUGCUAGAAUUCUGUAAGCUCUUUUUUCAUCACAGGUAAACACUUAAUGCAAAUGUUUAGGAAUAUAUCAAUUAUUAUCAGCCAUAUAGAUCAAAAACUAAGGUAAGUAUAUAGUUCUGAGUUAAAGUAAUUUACAGAGAAAUGUUCAAAUUAAAUUAAUAAUUAAAAAGUUACUAAAUGUCAUAAUUCAUCAGAAAACUAAAACCUAUAUUGACGAGAAUGUAUUGAAUCAUCGUGUGGAUGCUGUUGUUGUCUUUUUUUAAUUGUUAUUAGUGUUUUUACAGAUUUAAAUACCCAUAAUUAUGACAAGAAAAUAUUUGUGAUGGAACAGUAUUGGAAAUUUGAAAAUACAGAGGAAGUACAUCGAAUAUGGCAGCAAAAGUAUCAGACUCCUCUGCCAAUGCUCCUGGCAAUUUACAGAUUGUGAGACAAAAUGGAAGCUCCUGGAUCUGUCUUGGAUCCACCACAUAGUGGAAGAUCAUUAACAAUGACUAUUGAAGAGAACAAAGCAUUAAUUGUGGAGAGUUUUUUACCCAGAGUUAAAAAAAAAAUCAAGCCACUGUGCUUCUGCAGAAUUAGAUAGAUUAGAAGUUAAAGAUCAGUGCUGUGAAUGUUAAGUAGUGUGAAUUUUAGGCUGUACAUUCCACGUUUAGUACACGGUUUGAUUGAAGAUGACCCAGAUUGCCAGUUGUAGUUCUGUGAAGUGUUGCUCAACCAAGUAAACGAAAUCCUCCAUUUACUGCAACACAAUGUUUGGUCCAAUGAAGCCACAUUCUAUCUGUCUGGACACGUGAAUAGACAUAAUUCUGUCUACUGGGACAACACUAAGCCUCAUGUGGCCAUUGAACAGCAACUGAAGCAAUCUGGCAUUAAUGUGUGGGGAGAUAUUUUAACCUCAGGUGUCUUUGGCACUUACUUUUUUGAUGCAACUGUAAUAGGGCAAUCCUACCUUGAAAUGUUGAGUACAAUUGCCCUACCCCAUUUGCAACAAAAUGCCGAUUGUGAUGAACUAUACCUAUAACAGGAUGGAGCAGCACCUCAUUUUGUGGUGUGCAAUUUUCUUGAUGAGACUUUUCCGAAUCAUUGAAUAGAUCAUCAGGGAAGUGUGGAAUGGCCCCUCUCGAUCCCCUGACUUAAUUCCCAUGGAUUUCUUCUCGUGGGAAUGAUAUAAGACUUUGUGUAUGCCAAAAAUCCACGUAUUGCGCAAGACAUUAGGGAGUAUGUAUCUCAGGCAUUUACAAACAUCAAUAAAAACACAUCCCUCUUUGUGAAAGAUAGAUGUCACAUGUGUUAAUGCUGAUGGUUGACAGUUCGAACACUUAAGUUGGAGACUAACAUAAAAAUGUGUUCAGUUCAUGUCUUUAGUUAACAGAAAUUGCUUAUUCUAUGUUGUUAUGUUUCAAUUUUUUUUGUAUUAAUAAAAGUGUGCAACUGUAUAGUGAGUUUUGUCUCACCUUGUAUAUAGUUGAUGUACUUUCACAGGAUCCCUGAGUGUUCUGUUUCAAGA